UCCACAUGCCAUUUGCCAUUUACAUUCCAAUCUCAAGCCAAACACGAAAUCAAAAACCCAAAACCAUAACACCAUUACAAUCUCAUCCCUCCAAUCCACACUAUAAAUGCAUAACCAGAGCCCCCUCCCAUAAAACCAGAGCCAAUCACAAGUAAGCCACAAUAAACCCCCAUGGCAAGCCUACCUUCCUUCCUCUCCCCAACAAGCUCCUUCACCACCCAACCCAUCUCCACCAAAAGACCUCCAACUCCCCACUACUUCCCCAAAACCAUCUCAUGCAAGUCCAAUGGAAACGACGACAACAAUGUUCAAGAAAGAAAAUCCUUCAGCGGCCGGCGCGACCUCCUCAUAAGCAUUGGUGGUCUAUACGGCUACGCUGCCGGCUUUGCACCAAAUCCUCGCAUGGCAAUUGCUUCUCCAAUCCAAGCUCCCGAUAUCUCUAAGUGCGGCUCGGCCGAGAUCCCGGCCGGUGGAACUCCCACAGACUGCUUCCCGCCAUUCAAAUCCACCAUUAACCCGCCAUUCAACUCCACCAUUAUUGACUUCGUCCCACGGCAAAACCAAGGGCCGCCUCGCGUCCGCCCGGCCGCCCACCUUGUUGAUGCAGAGUACUUGAAGAAGUAUGAGAAGGCCGUAGAGCUGAUGAGAGCUCUUCCGGCCAACGAUCCCCGCAACUUCACGCAGCAGGCCAAUGUUCACUGCGCCUAUUGUGACGGAGCUUACGACCAAGUCGGUUUUCCCAAACUUGAUCUUCAGGUGCACAACUCAUGGCUCUUCUUUCCCUGGCACCGCUUCUACGUCUAUUUCCACGAGCGCAUCCUCGGCAAGCUCAUCGGCGACGAUAGCUUCGCCCUCCCCUUCUGGAACUGGGAUUCCCCUCAUGGAAUGGUGCUGCCUGCUUUCUACACCAAGCCAUCCUCUUCCCUCUACAACAAGAACCGCAACCCCAACCACCAACCUCCGGUCACCAUCGACCUCAACGGCAACACAAACCAGAACUUCACCAAUGCAGAACUCAUCGAAGACAACCUCAAAAUCAUUCACCGACAAAUGAUAUCCAAUGGCAAGACCGCGCAGCUCUUCUUGGGGGCUCCGUACCGAGCGGGAGACGAACCCAACCCGGGCAGUGGGUCCAUAGAGCUAACCCCGCACGGGCCGGUUCAUAUCUGGACCGGAAACCCGGCUAAUCCCAAUAAUGAAGAUAUGGGGAACUUCUACUCCGCCGCGCGGGAUCCCAUCUUCUACGCACACCAUGGCAACAUCGACCGCCUCUGGUCGGUCUGGAAGACACUCGGUGGCAAUCGGAAAGACUUCAAGGAUCCUGAUUGGCUCGACGCCUCUUUCCUCUUCUACGACGAGAAUGCGCAGCUUGUGAAGGUGAAGGUCAGAGACUGCCUCGACACGGAGAAUUUGGGCUACAAAUAUCAGGAGGUGGAGAGUCUUUGGUUGAAUAAGCGGCCGACACCGAAGGCAGGCACAAGCACAAAGGGUUUGUUGAAGAAAAAAGCGCCGGCGGUGAGUGGAGAGCCAGCGUUCCCUGUCACGCUUAAUAAACCGGUGAGCGCGACGGUGAAAAGACCAAAGAAGGGGAGAAGCCAGAAGGAGAAGGAGAAUGAAGAGGAGGUGCUUUUGGUGGAAGGCAUUGUGGUAGACCGGCAUGAGUUCGUGAAAUUUGAUGUGUAUAUAAACUCGUCGGAGGAAGAGAAGUUGAGGCCUUCGGCAAGUGAGUUUGCGGGGAGUUUCGUUAAUUUGCCGCACAAGCAUGGGCAUGGGAAGAAGGUGAAGGAUCUGAAGACUAAUUUGAGGCUUGGGAUCACGGAUUUGCUGGAGGAUCUUGGGGCUGAGGAUGAUGACAGUGUCGUGGUUACGCUUGUGCCUAGAACUGAGAAUGGGAGCAAGAUGAAGGUUGGGGGGCUUCGUAUUGAGUUCUCUUCUUGAGAACUUAAUUGAUACGUGCAUGCGUAUAGAUUUUUUUAAAUUUUUAGUAUUUUUGGUGUUCGUUUUUGUCUAUGGGUUGAAUAAUGACGCCGAUUGCUAGGCCAUGGCUGAACUUCGGG